AUGUCGGAACCUGAGCACAAGAUCGAGGCCGCUACAGCCUCGGCUGUUUCUCCUGUAGCAUCAUCUGAUGUUGACGACAACUAUGAAUUCUUCGUGCAGCAUAGAGGGCUCGAAUAUACCCCCGAAGAAGAAAAGAAGGUCUUACGAAAGAUCGACCUGCACUUGAUCCCGAUUUUAUUUUUUAUCUACUUGCUACAGUACCUAGACAAAAACAGUAUCAACUUUGCUUCUGUGUACGGUCUCAAGGAAGGAACCCACCUUACCGGGUCGGAUUAUUCAUGGCUCAGCUCAAUCUUCUACUUCGGCUACCUAAUCGCGCAAUACCCAGCUGGACUGGCGAUGCAAAAGUUGCCGGUCGGAAAGUUCCUCGCAAGCACAACAAUAGUAUGGGGAGGCCUUCUCAUGACAACACCAGCAUGCCACAACUUCGCCGGAAUAGCAUCCAACCGAUUCCUUCUCGGCAUGGUCGAAGCAGUCGUGAACCCAGGCUUCGUCCUCUUGAUGAGUAUGUGGUAUAAAUCACGAGAGCAACCUCUGCGCCUGGAAGCGUAUUACUGCACCAAUGGAAUAGCAACCAUGUUUGGCGGACUACUCGGCUACGCCAUCGGACACAUCACCACCGGACUACCUCGGUGGAUGUAUGUUUUCUUGAUUUUCGGUGCUAUUUCCCUCGUCAUCGGUAUCCUGGCCUUUUGGCUUCUUCCUGAUCUCCCCUCAACAGCUAGAUUUCUUAACGAGCGAGAACGGGCUAUUGCAUUGGAUCGGAUAUCCAAGAACAGGCAAGGAGUGAAGAAUCAUCAGUUUAAAUGGGAUCAGGUGUGGCAAGCGGCUCGGGAUCCGAAGACGUGGCUAUUGUUUAUUAUGGCUAUUGGGGCCCAGGUGCCGAAUUCGGCGUUGACGAGUUUCACUUCAAUUAUCGUUGGAUCUUUCGGUUUUGACACGCUCGGCACGCAAUACCUUCAGAUCCCUGCUGGUGCUGUCAAUUUUCUGACGCUGAUUAUCGGUGGCUGGAUCGCGACCAAAUACGAUGGGAAGUUCCAUUCUCGGAGCGCUUGUAUGAUCUUUGCGAAUCUUGUCUGUAUUCUUGGAUCUGCACUGCUGGUUGGUCUGCCGGACUCCAAUAAAUGGGGGCGGUUGGUUGCUCUCUGGCUUUGCUAUUUCCAAGGAUUGGGAUUUAGUAUGGCUUUGACGAUUAUCAGUUCGAAUAUUGCGGGUUAUACGAAGAAGCAAGUUACCGGUGCUUUGCUGUUCACUGGGUAUUGUGUUGGGAAUAUUAUUGGGCCGCAGACUUUCAAAACGAGUGAGGCCCCAGGGUAUCACAGUGCUUAUAUUGCAAUGCUUGCUGGGUAUUCGGUUAAGCUGGUUGCUAUUGUCGCUUUGUACUUGUAUAUGUACUAUGAGAAUAAGCGUCGGGAUCGCCUGGCGCUUGGGGACGCAGAUUCAGAUGAUGGCGUGGAAGCAGGAAUGUUGGAUCAAACGGAAAUUGAGAACAAGAGAUUUCGAUAUGUAUUAUAA